GAAGAUUAGUAGAUAGCUGUGAACCACAGAGCGAACACGUUACAAGCAGUGUCCGAUCCAAAGUCAGAUUUUUACCAAAGCCGAAAGAUGAACAUUGAACGAGACGUUAUGGUGGCGAGCUACUCUAUCAAAUGCCUUUUUUUGGCAUUGCUGGUGAAAAAUUACGUUUCUGCGAGGAGUUACGCUAAAGAAGCAAGUAUCAACGAAGCCCAGGUUUGCAUCCCCCAAGGAAAACUGCAAGGUACGACACGGACAACGCGCAAUAAUCGAAUUGUAUCGGCUUUCUUGGGAAUCCCUUACGCGCAACCACCGAUUGGAAAUCUAAGAUUCGCAAAUCCGGUGGCGGCUGACGGUUGGAAUGGGAUUCGAAACGCUAGCGUUGAUUCGAAUAAAUGUCCUCAGAUCUCCAACAGCGAAAUAGUGGGUGAUGAGGAUUGCCUGUAUCUGAACGUCUACACGCCGCAGCUUUCCAGAAAGGCUAUCUCACCGCUACUUCCGGUGAUGGUGUUCAUUUACGGAGGAGGAUUUGACAGCGGAAACGCCGAUUCGUCGAAAUACGGCCCGGAAUACCUCCUCGACAAAGACGUGAUUCUCGUAACCAUCAGCUAUCGUGUAGGAGUAUUGGGAUUUUUGAGCACCGGUGACAAGGUGGCUUCGGGAAAUUGGGGCUUGAAGGAUCAGGUCCUCGGCCUGAAAUGGGUACAGAGUAACAUCGAGUACUUUGGCGGUGAUCCUGAUCAGGUGACGCUGUUCGGACAAAGCGCAGGCGCGGCUUCGGUCCAUCUUCUGACAAUGUCAAACCUCACGAUUGGACUCUUCCACAGAUACAUAACGGAGAGUGGAUCCGCCCUUGCGGCAUGGGCUUACAAACCUAGCGGCCCUUAUGCCGACCGAGCAUUUGAGCUUGGCAAAUAUGUUGGCUGUUCCAAUACAUCGACGGAUUCUCUGAUUGAAUGUUUGCGGACAGUUGAUGUUUCGGACAUGGUAGCUUCUUAUCCGGAACUCAAUCAUCACGAAUGGUUUCAGACAAUCGUUUGGGGUCCAACUGAUGAGCCAAAUAUUAAAGAUGCCGUCCUCACUGACAGCCCCCAGAAUAUAAUUCGCAAUGGCUUGGUUCACGAUUUGCCUUGGAUUUCAGGUGCUUGUCAAGAUGGCGGAUUACUUAUGACUGUAGACAUGUAUGAAAACGAGACACUGCUUGAUGACUUUGUGGCAAACUUUGACCGCAUUUUACCUGCUAUGUUGAAUUGGAACUAUUUACCGGAUUCGGGAGCCGCUUGGAUUGAACCCAUCAAGUCACACUACUUCAAUGAUCUCGAAGCAGAUAAAAACGAGAUACGCGAUAAUCUGACAGUCCUUGUGACUGACGUUUACUUUUUGUAUCCGACCUACGACGCACUCCGACAGCAGUUUUCAACAUCGGUGAAUCCACAAUAUUUUUACAUCUUCGAUUACCGCGGCGUAUUGAGCUAUACGUACGAGUUAACCGGCAAUACAGUGGACUACGGCGUGACGCACGGUGAUGACUUGGUGUACCUGUUUCCAAAUUCGGAAUUAUUUUCUAGUCUCAACGAAACUCGAAGUGAGAAAGAUUACGAAAUGGUAAACAUCAUGGUGGAAUUGUGGACGUCUUUCGCUAUCGAGGGGAAACCCACGACUCCAGCGACGGGCAUCUACGAGAAGUGGAAACCGUAUUCAAUCGCGAAGGACAACAACCUUCGCAUCGGAAAUUAUUCCAAGCUCACACUUGCCGUUCAAUAUUCCUAUUUAAAAAAACGUCUACAGUUUUGGGAUGACUUGAUAGCUAACGUGCCAUUGUAAUCGAUAAGCUGCGUUUCUCCGGUCCAUUACCAGCACAUCCGAGUUCGAUUGCUUCACAUUUACACGUUUGUUGUAUUUUAUUUUAAUCGUCAAGGGGUGUGAAUCACUUUAAUGUAAUUAGUGUUGAUGAUACGGGUUACCAUCGUAGUAAUGAAUGAAUAAAAUCCUA